AUGGCCGGCCCACCGUCAUACCCCGCCAACCCAAACCUCACAUCCAACCCACCACCCCCAUCAACCCCAUCACAGUCCAACGUCGCAUUCACACCAAGCGCAACCUCAAUCGCCGACUCCUCCGAUAACGAGUUUGAGCCCACUCCUGUUCACAGCCCAGGAGGUCCACAGUAUGAAGAUUUGCCACCAUCCUACGACGAGGCGCGGGACCAAGCCGUCCACGACACGCGUCAUGGCAUCGCGCCCGUAGAUCCCAGCCAAAUCGAAGCCCACCGCAUCACUGCUAAUGAAGGACCAAACGAGCCAGAAGUAUGGGAGUACCGUGUAAGAGGCGAAGAACCAGAUCCUGCAAGUGAACGGGAACAAGCACCAGACUAUGCGAAUCACACAAACGACAAGGCCACCAGUGUUCCAGUCCAGCAUGUCAGUACGAGUGAGAACAUCGCAGUGGGACGAGUGCAUAGCGAACCUGCUUCUUCGUCGAGCAAACAGCCCGAUCUGGCUUCUGACUUGCUCACCCAAGCUCUGGAGUUUAGCCGUGAAGAACCAGAUGCUAAGGCGCAGUAUGCACCGCAUCUAAACCGCAUCAUCGCGAUACCCGACCAUGCAGGACCGGCAAGACGUGUAGACGAACACGUAUACUUCUUGGUUGCGUAUGCUGAAGUGUUGGACCGGCAUUCCAUCAAGCCAGCCGAGUUUGCAGAGUUCUUGUACGGUCUACAGGUCCUGACUACAGCGGCAAACACGACGGCUGAGGAUUUGCUACACGAAUCGACGCAUGAAGGACUCUCUUCCAGCAUCGUACACGACUAUAUUCGAGGAGCGAAUGAAGCUUUCUUCGCGCCGAGAGGUCUGAUUGUGUCGUUCCGCAGCGAGACUGCGCUUCUAGACAUGCUACCUAUACCUGCGGGCCACAAACCCACCGUUCUCGCCAACUUGGCCGAUAAGACUGCAACGGCUGAAUGGCGCGCGAGGCAAUUAUACCCCUGGAUCGAAGCUCUCGACGCGGACGCAGUGCCGAUGCCGAGCGAGAGAGUGCUCAAGUUGCAUGAGAUGAGUGAACGUUUCUCGGGUCAUCAGACGGCUACUGGCUCGCCUGAUCAUGUUGGAAACACAUCGUCGCAUAAUAGGGCGCGAGGAUCUGCUGGAGCAUAUGAAGACCCACCUCGCUCCAUUCCUGGACCUCCAGAGGAGUCUUCACACGCACAUGGUCGACAUGGACGGGGCGGUCAUCAUCCUCGCGGCAGACGAGGCGGUCACUGGUCGCCCUUUGGUAUGCCAGGCCAUGGCCCCUUCGGUGCACCUGGCAACGGACCUUUUGGUACACCUGGCAAUGGGCCUUUCGGGCGCGGCGGUCGAGGACCAUUCGGGCCCCGAGGCAACGCCUUCUUCGGUAGAGGAGGUUGCUCCUCUCGUGGCGGACAUGGACGCGGACGAGGACCACCACAAUCCGGAAACGAGUGGGCAGAAGUAGGCAAAGAAUUAGGAAAGAUUGGGGAGCAGUUCGGUAAACAUAUGGGUGAUUUGGGUGUUGAGAUUGGUAAACGCGCUAGUGCUUUCGGGGUGGAGGUGGGUCCUGCCUCGUACGAGCAAGUCCACAACGACCUACCACCUGCGUACGAUACGCCACCGGGCCAAGAAACAGGCGUGCUAUACGGCGACCGCAAAAUCGACACGGCAUACCCCACCGACAAGAAAGAUAAGGGCAAAGCUGCAGUCAAGGACCUGGAUGACGACGACGACACCUCCUCAAUAUCAUCAGAUAGCUCUGAUUCUUCCUCAUCAGACUCUGAUUCCGACUACGACUCCGACUCCGACCUCACCCCUGCCCCAACCCCCAAAGCCCAAUCCCUCAAACUCGCGCGCCGCAACAUCAAGCAGCGAAACCGCGAGCUCAAGAGACAACACCGCGCCAAGAAACGUGAAUUGAAAGCCAAACACGCUGAUACCAACACCAAGGGCAAAGGCAAAGCGGAGAAGAAAGCGAAGAAGGAUCCGGAAUGGAAAGCUGCGAAGAAAGAGUACAAAGUGCAGAGGAAGGAGUUGAAGAAGGAGAGAUUGGCUGUGAAGAGGGAGUGGCGGGAGGCGAGGGAGGAGAUGAAGAGGGAGAAGAGGGGGGUGAAGGGGAUGGCGGUUGGUGGGAAAGCGCGAGAAGGGUCUGAGAAGGGAGGAGAGGGAAAGAUGGGGGUUUGGUUGGUGAUUGAGAAUUUGGCACCUUGA